AUGUCAGAUAUUAUGGGAUUACGUUUGUCAGGGGAAGUGACAAUACAAAAGGAAGCUAAGUACCAAGCAGACAAGAGGAGGAAAACUGCCAAGCAGACAAGAGGAGGAAAACUGCCAAGCAGACAAGAGGAGGAAACUGCCAAGCAGACAAAAGGAGGAAACUACCAAGCAGACAAGAGGAGGAAACUACCAAGCAGACAAGAGGAGGAAAACUGCCAAGCAGACAAGAGGAGGAAACUGCCAAGCAGACAAAAGAAGGAAACUACCAAGCAGACAAGAGGAGGAAACUACCAAGCAGACAAGAGGAGGAAACUACCAAGCAGACAAGAGGAGGAAAACUACCAAGCAGACAAAAGAAGGAAACUACCAAGCAGACAAGAGGAGGAAACUGCCAAGCAGACAAAAGAAGGAAACUACCAAGCAGACAAGAGGAGGAAACUACCAAGCAGACAAGAGGAGGAAAACUACCAAGCAGACAAGAGAAGGAAACUACCAAGCAGACAAGAGGAGGAAACUACCAAGCAGACAAGAGGAGGAAAACUGCCAAGCAGACAAGAGGAGGAAAACUGCCAAGCAGACAAGAGGAGGAAACUGCCAAGCAGACAAAAGAAGGAAACUACCAAGCAGACAAGAGGAGGAAACUGCCAAGCAGACAAGAGGAGGAAAACUACCAAGCAGACAAGAGGAGCAAAACUACCAAGCAGACAAGAGGAGGAAACUACCAAGCAGACAAGAGGAGGAAAACUACCAAGCAGACAAAAGAAGGAAACUACCAAGCAGACAAGAGGAGGAAAACUGCCAAGCAGACAAGAGGAGGAAACUGCCAAGCAGACAAAAGAAGGAAACUACCAAGCAGACAAGAGGAGGAAACUACCAAGCAGACAAAAGGAGGAAAACUGCCAAGCAGACAAGAGGAGGAAAACUGCCAAGCAGACAAGAGGAGGAAACUGCCAAGCAGACAAAAGAAGGAAACUACCUAGCAGACAAGAGGAGGAAACUGCCAAGCAGACAAGAGGAGGAAAACUACCAAGCAGACAAGAGGAGCAAAACUACCAAGCAGACAAGAGGAGGAAACUGCCAAGCAGACAAGAGGAGGACACUACCAAGCAGACAAGAGGAGGAAACUACCAAGCAGACAAGAGGAGCAAAACUGCCAAGCAGACAAGAGGAGGAAAACUGCCAAGCAGACAAGAGGAGGAAACUGCCAAGCAGACAAGAGGAGGAAACUACCAAGCAGACAAGAGGAGCAAAACUAUCAAGCAGACAAGAGGAGGAAACUGCCAAGCAGACAAGAGGAGGAAAACUGCCAAGCAGACAAGAGGAGGAAAACUGCCAAGCAGACAAGAGGAGGAAACUACCAAGCAGACAAGAGGAGGAAAACUGCCAAGCAUACAAGAGGAGGAAAACUGCCAAGCAGACAAAAGAAGAAAUUACAACAAUGCAUGCAAGAAAACCAAAGAGUAG